AUGGAUGAAAUACUUAGUACUUUGAAUUCGACUAGCAAUAUCAAUCAAGGUACAUCAAGUGUUCUUGAUCCAGAUUUUAGUCUUGCCAUGGAAUUAUCGAGGAGACUCGAAUUCUCCAGUGAUCCGACAACAACAUCCACACCAUCAAAUACUUCAUAUUACAAUUCUUCAUCUUCCACUAACAAUCCGAAUGAAACAGAGGAAUCUAGUUCAGACGAUGAAGAUUCAGAUGACGAAGCAAGUAACAAAAAAAGACCUGGUCACCAGAAGCGUGACAGUGAUCCUUUAGUAGAAGCAAUCAUAGCUCGUCGUAAAGAAGUCACACAAAAAAUUUCUCUUGUGGAAAAUUGGGUUGCUGCUGUUAAUCCAACUGACGGUGAAAAUAACGUGUUGGAUCGAAUGAAGGAUCGACAUCGUGUUGAAGCGCGUGCACUUGUAACUCCUUCCGCUACCCCUUCAUUACAAUCUUAUGUUCCUCCUGAGGAUGAUAGAUAUUAUAGGGAUGAAUGGGGCUACGAUCGACAUGAUAGAUAUGAUGGUCCAAGAGAUCGCGAUGAUUAUCGUGAUGAUUAUAGGCACCCAUUACCGCCACCUGGUGCACGAGAUCCAAGAAUUUUAGGACCUGGUGGUUUUGUUGAGGAUAGAGACGAUUACAGAGUUCCACCUAGGGAUCCUCGAGAUCCACGUAAUAAUGGUCUUGUACCGGAUUAUCGAGAAGACUAUCGAUAUGGGCCUCGUCAGGCUGGACCUAGAGGUCAAUAUAUUGAUGAGAGAGAUCGACCUCCUCAUGAUGAUCGAUUCAUUCAAGAUGAUAGUCGUGGCAGAGGUCCAAAUGCGCCUCCAACCCGGCACAAACAUCCAGAAGGAUAUCUUGGAAGACGUGAAUCUACUAAUUCUGGCCGACCGAUAGCACCUAAUAAUGACAAUAUGCAUGGCUCAAGAAAACAAAAUGGCUCAUCCGGCGGGCGCUCUUUAAAUGGUGAUGAAGUUCCUUUAGGUCGUAAAUACCGUACUCCUUCAAGUAGUCAUUCUUCAUCGUCAGCAAGUUCAGCCACAUCAUCCAAAGAUGGAUCUCAACAUAAUAAUAAAACAAUAAAAAAUGAGCAUUUAAUUCGUACAGCUCUUUCUCAUAAAACAUCAUUUUCCUCGAAAAAUGGCGGAUCCUCCACAAAAGAAAAAUAUCGCGACGAAUCUUCAUCAAAACCAACUACUAAAUCGAAUAGCACUCAUUCUCGACAGUCUUCGUUCUCAUCAGGACCUGUUGGACAUGGCUCUGCAGUAGGUAAUGAAUCGCCAUUAAGACAAGAAUUUCGUCAUGACCGUCGAGCAAAAAAUGGUUCAGAAAAUGGACCAUCACAUUCUCGUCGCUCUUCGAUUUCUGAAAAUGAUGAUUAUCUUGAUAAUGAAAGAUCGUUACGUGACAAUGAACACACUUUCCGAGAAUCUUUUGACGAAGAAGAUCGUAAACCUUUAGGUCAUGUACAUAAGCAGAAUAACGGAACAUCUUCAAGACGUGAAAUAAUGGACAAUGAACGAAAUAAUUCUUCGCGUCGAUCUUCUGAUCAGGAAUCUGAUGACGAUUCACCAUUAGCUUCUCCAACAGGAACCAACAGCAAUAACAGAUUCAAAUCUCAAAAGGAAAGAAAAAGAACAGGGAAACAUCAAAUUGCAUCUUCUGUAUCUGAAUCAGGCUCAGAUGAAGGAUCCGAUAGAGAUAGUGAUAAUGAGCCUAUCAACUUGCCAAAUAAUGGACAAUUACGUUCUCAAGGUGGGAACAUACCACCUCUCAUGCGCCAAGAUUAUUAUGGUGGAGGAAUAAAUGGUGGUUUUCGACCAGACUCACAUGACUCACGUACAGGUCCUCCCCCAAGAUACGGUCCAAAUGGAUAUCGUGAGGAACCAAUGAAUCGAUAUCCUCUCGGUCGUGAUGAUUUACCGAAUGGAAGAUAUCCUCCCGGUAGUCGAGAUGAUUUAUUGCCACCACCCGGUAGAUAUCCACCCGGCAGAGAAGAACCUGUUGUGAGAUAUGCAGGUGAACCUGAAGAAUUCCCUGUAGGAGGAAGAUUUCCGCCACCACCACCUGGUGGAUAUCGGGAUGAUCCAAAUGCAAGACAUCGAGAUGAGCCUCCAGCUCCUUAUGAUCCAAGAAGUGCUCCUUACCCAACUUAUCGUGAAGAACCUCCAUAUGAAGCACCACGUGGAAGAUUCGCAGCCCCUCGAAGUUUACCGUUAAUAGAACAGCCACCACCUGAAUUAUCGAUGGGUUCAAAGAAAGUACCAUUGAUUGAAAUGGCCGGUUAUAGAUAUGAUCAAAAUAAACGAGCACCCAUACAAACUAAUGGUCAAACUAACCAACCAUUCCUCGCUAAUAUGAGUUCUCGAAUUCGAUCACCAUCUCCAAUGCGUUAUGGUGAUGCUCCAGCUCCCACACCACCAUCAGGAAUGAAUCGAGGAUAUCCGCCUCGAGAACGCGGUAACUAUCCAAUACAAGAUAAAUUAGCAUUCCUUCCUCAAGAAAGAGGAAGAGAAUUUCCGCCACCGCCUCCACAGGAUCGAGUUCGAGACUUUCCUCCAGAGAGAGGAUAUGGUGGUCCAGCACCGCCAAUACGGGGAUAUAAUACUCCGGCUAAUAUAAGGGGUGGUAAACCAGGUUAUGAAGGACAAUAUUAUAAUGAUCGUCGUGGGCGUGAGGUUUAUGGAGAUAGAAAUGGUUAUAAUGGAUAUGACGAUUAUUAG